UGUUAAAUUUAGCUAUUUGUCUCUGUUGGCGAAAGAAUUUUGACGAAAAGCAUUUGUGUGUCUAAAGUUUUGAUCGUACUUUCGUUUAAUUCUACGGCAAUGUGUGAUUAUAUUUUAAAUUUGAAAACAAUUUCUAGUAAUGCUAUCCACAACUGCAAAUAGUAAAGUGAAAAGUUCUAAAUUAUCGGAUAAUAUUGACGUUCCAGAUCGGGACGAAAUCGGUCAUGAAAACACAACGGAUGAUAAGGUCAGAGGUUAUGUUGGAUCCUACGAUGCACCUUCAUCGUUCGGAGGUCCCAGGGACUCUCGGUUCCGGUCGCGUGGUCGUGUCACCGAAUUUCGGCACUCCAGGGGCGGAAGUAGAGGUGGAACCAGAGGCCGUGGCGGUUUCCCGCCAAGGGGUGAUCGCGACGAAAACUCCUACAAAUAUCACGAACCGUUAGCUGUUACUAAUAAUGACAACUGGUCACAGGGAAACAAUAACAAAUUUUAUGAAAGAUCCGACUUGGUAGUAAAUCUACCUGAGGACCCGCGUAUAUCUAAGCUCUUGCGUCGUCUAUGCGCUGAAGUCGAUAUUGAAAAAUCUCUCGCUAUAUGUACGAAGUUACAAGACGCUGUUAUGAUGCCAGAAAAUGCGCGUUAUAUCAGAAGAUCGUAUGAUAUAUUAGUGGAAUCAUUGUUAGAUGUGCUUUAUGAUGCUCCAAGCCCUGAAACUAAAGAGAGUGCUGCCGUGGUUCUCGGCAGAAUCGGUUAUGUUAUGGGACCUGAUUAUCGAAAACAUCUGGACUGGAUCAUAUCUACCUAUGCAAUGCAUAACACUUCAAUUAAACAUUUGCUUAUUCUCUCAUUCACUGAGACUUUCCAAUUAGACUUUCAGAAUACCAACUUGAAUGAUUUUGCUGAAAUAACUUUGAACAAGCUACAAGUAAUCAUUGAAGCUACAGACUCAGCCAAUGUGUUUAUGGCUGCCAUAAAUGCCAUGAUAGUGAUGUCGAAUUCUUAUCCUGAACAUUUUGCAAACCAUUUUGUUGAUACAGUUGAUAUUCUAGUGGGCUGGCAUGUAGAUAAUGCUCAACCACAAAAAAUCAAGGAAUUCGCCCUCCAGUCUUUAUUUAAAUUGAGUCGGCACUGGCAGGCUGAUGUUGGUUUUUCAGUGAACUUGUUAAAUCAAUUUGUGGAAGAUAUGGUGGCCUACUGUAAUGACUUAGAUACUAAUAAAAGCGACAAAGAUGGUGAAGUUAAUUCAUAUGAUGACUGUAUGCAAAAGAUUGCGUCAUUUUUAAAUGUAUUCAAUACAGUCGUUAAAAGUUUGGGUACUUUGUUAAGCCCUAAUGUUUCUCAAUCAGUUUCGUGGACCUUUUUAACUGAUUCCUUGUCUAAAAUUCUUCAGGUAUUGAAUGAAACACUAAAGGAAGAUGCAGAAUCAGACCUAAUUCUUGCAGGUAAUGAAAGUAUUACACUACUUCUAAAAUACUUGCAAAAUAAAUCCUCACCAUGUCUGCCUGCUCUAUUUUCCUUGAUAUCUAUGGAAAUAGUUAGCUUUUUGCAAGCAGAAGAAGACGUGUGCCUCAGCAUUAUAGAAUUAAUAUCUAUAACUAUAAAAGAAAUUGCAUCAAAUUUACCCAUAGAAUUUAUUGCUCAAACAAUUGGACCUGGAUCGUUGUUGCGGCCUCUCCGCUUGUCUAAUAAUUCCCAAAUACUAAAUGGUGUUAUGUCUAUAUACACUAAUCUUCUUAACCUGAAGAAUAUUCCACUCUUGCAAGAAACAUAUAAAUUUGUUUUAAAUGAUAUGCAGAAUUCAUACACCAUUUUGUUACCUGAUAUACAGAUCAUUGAAGUUGAAUAUUCAGAAGAAUACACUAAAGAUGAUGCGGAACGGAAUAUAAUAUUCUUCCUUCAAUGUUUAAGUGACUUAGCCAAUGCGAGCAAUUCCAUUAUAGGAAUGUGGGCUUUACAACCGAGCAUCUUAGAGUUACUGGCUAUUAAAAUGUGCCCACAUGAUGAAGUUUUGAUGAAAGAGAGACCUGCAUUACAAUAUGCCAUUCUUUACUUACUUUAUUCACAUUGCAAGAAAAAUAAUCAUUUCAUUGCUUCAAGUGAUUUAGUGACAAAUUCACAACAAAGAGCUAAAGAUAUAUUCGGAUUGUCUAAUCUUUCAUUAGGAGAAGUCUCUAACACAAGUCCAACAUCAGGUCACCUAGGUGUUAUUUUAAACACUUUGAGCAUUGUUCUUGAUGAUCAAAUGCCAAAUGAAACAUUGAGUUUAAUUUUAUCAUGGAUAUCAGACAUAUUUUGCCAGUUGGAUAAGUAUUUGCCCAUAGUAGGCAUGUCAAAGAGUUUCCUUGUAUUGAUUACAAAUAUGCUGGCAUUGGCAUAUUGUUUUGAUGGAAAUAUUGUUUUACUUGUCAUCAAGAACUUUUAUUUCUUACUUAAGAAUAGAAAUAUGGUAUGGAAUAUGCUUUUGCUUAAAACUAUAGCAGUUCUGUGUACAUUACACAUUGAUAACAAAAACAAGGCCCUAGCAGAUAUAUGUAAAAGGGUUCUAUUUGAGCUACCUUGGGAUAUAGUACAGCAAGAGUUUGAUAAGCAGACAGUUAAAAUAUUUUCAAGCCGAAAAGGUAAUAAUUUUGUUCUCAACUGUGACACAAAACUUAAUUCCUUCAAAGAAUAUUUAAUGAGAGGUUCGUUUACUACAUUGCCUAAUCAUCACUUUAAAGUCACAAUAAAUUGUCUGAUGCAAACAAAUCUGGAUGAUACAAAAUUUUUGUUAGACAUAUUUGUCUCUUCCUGGCCAUUGCAAGGUCAAGAUAUAGAUGAAAAUAACUUAUUAUUUUUCCGGCAAUGCUCAACAAACUUCAAAUCUAUUUUGGUCAGUUGGGCGCUAUCUGAACUAGCACAAACAUGUAUAAUUCAAAAACUUAGAACAGUACUAGGUAAGCCACAAGAAACAUUUACAAAAAUAGAAGGUACAUUAAAGGCAGUUGCAAGGGAAAUAAGUUCAAAUGAAACAAAAUAUGUAGCCGGAGAGAAAAAGCUGCUAGAGGUUGUUGUAGCAGAACAAGUUAGAGUACGCUGGCUCGUGGAGUUUAUGAUGUUUUUAGAGAAAUACACAUACAAUGCCGCUGAAGGCACUGCAACGGUUUUGCCUGCUGUUGCAAAACCUGUAAAAACAUUUUUUCACACAAAUUGGUCAACUUGUCGAGAAUGGCAGAACAGAGUCCGUCCUGCAGCUCUUGCAGUAAGUGUCUAUGGUGGUCACUAUGGUGCUGCUAUCUACCAUGCUUCAUUGAUAUUACAAAAUGCCGCCGCAUCUCGAACUAACAUUGAUAUUGAAGCCAUAACGAUGAGUGUAGCUCGCGCUCUUAUUAAGAUUAAAGAACCAGAAGUUUUGCAUGGUUUAUAUGUAUGGAUUAAGCAAACAUUUGAUUUGCAGUUUUCUUGGCUUAUCGGAGCAGCAGAACAGGCUAAUUCUCAUUUUGAGUCAGCAGCUGAUUUUUAUAAAAAACUAUGCAGUGCAAAUUCGAAUGAUGACAAUAAUGAAGUAUGUAUUCCUCAAUCUGAAAUUAAAGUCAAUAGAUUUGUAGAUAAUCAAAUAUUGGAAAGUUAUAAAAAUAUACAAAGUUGGGAGGACAUGGAAGAUUGGAAAGAAAUUACUAAACUAUGUAAGCAUACAUCUCCGUGGGAGUCAUUCUCGGACUUAAAAAUGUUCGACGAUAAUGAUGAAAUCCCAGGACUUUGUAACUGGAAUAUACUCGAUACGGAAGUUAAUGAAAUAUCUAAAAACUCCUGUUCAUAUCAAGGUUUGAUGGACAAAAUUGAAACUACAUUAAUAUCUUCAGCUCUUAAUAUUUACAACGAUGAAUUUAAUGAUAAAUACGAGCCGUUACUUAAUAAAUGUGAAGAAUUACUGAACACAAGUGCUGAAGAAUUUGUAAGAACUAAUGCCGUUCAUUUCCUAAAAGACGUCGCAGUAAUGCAAUUAGCUAAUCAUGGUCUUAUGAAUGUUAUUAAAAAUGGAAAAGCUGUGUCAAAUCCUUUUAAACCUUCUGCUUUAAAGGAAAAUACUUAUGGCACAGAAAUGAAAAACCUUACUCGUAUUUUAUGGUGGCAUCAAUAUUUCACAAAGCUCAACAUGAAUGAGGAAAAUGUUUUUUACAAUGAAUGUCUUAGAUUAGACGUAAUUAAAAGUGCUAGGAAAAAUGCGAACCUAUUAAUGGCGAAAAGGGAGCUGUUGAAGCACUUUAAAAAUAAUCCAGCUUUCCAGCUGUGCUUAAAUGUAAACAACUUAGAGGAAGUAAGUGAUGUACUUCUCUUAUCGACAAAUACAUAUGACCUUGAUAUUUGGACAUUAAAUAACGCUACUGCAUUGACAGAACUUUGCAAAGUGACUUAUGCAAAAGAAGACUCCAAAGCGCAAGCUAUAAAUCUCUGCGCUAGUAUAUCACUUGGAUUUUCACAGAGGUUAGCAAUGGGUGAGCAAAAUUAUGAGCUGCGAGAAAAGGGAACUAGGAUGUUGUUAACUCUUUCAAAAUGGGUUCAAAAUGAAAGUGAGAAUGUUUUAGAAAGCGAUUCACCUUUAACAAAAUUAGUGUCAGCUUUACCAGAGAUUGGUUUGGUAGAUAAUAAUAUUUCAGAAAAUGUUAUUCCCCUGACUGACUCUGCUGUUGGAAAAUUAUUGCAAUUUGGAGUUAAUCAAUGUCCAGGUUUAGCGAAAGCUUGGGCAAGUUUUGCUGCGUGGUGUUUCAGAUGGGGUCGCAAAAUGGUUGAAUUUAGUUCAAAAACCCGUGAGCAACUCACCGAUAACGAUAAACUUCAAAUAGAAAGCGUCAUGAUAGGAUGUUCGCCACAAGAUUUUGAAGCGGUUUGUGAAAUAUUAUCAAAAACAAAAGCAACCUGUGACGAAGAAGAUAUUGAUUGGAACGAAAUUAAUACAUCUGAAAUGAUUGAAAAUCAAUUGCGUACGGUACCAUCUUUAAAUAACGCAUUUCCUGAGCAUCUUGCUUUGCUGGUAGAUAUCUGGCGUCAAGCGCAGAAAAGAGUCUUUUCGUAUUUCGAAUUAUCAGCUGACGCCUAUUUCAAAUUUUUGCAAUUGAUAUGUGCUUCCGAUUAUAUAAAUCAUAGUGGUGAAAACGCAGUUGUAAACGCAACUUUAAGAUUAUUACGGCUAAUAGUAAAACAUGCCAUGGAAUUACAAACUGUUCUUGAAUCAGGAUUAGCGAACACACCAACCCAACCAUGGAAAGUUAUAAUACCUCAGUUGUUUUCAAGACUUAAUCAUCCAGAAACAUACGUAAGAAAAUGCGUUUCUGACCUAUUAUGUCGAUUAGCAGAAGACACGCCUCAUUUGAUUACAUUUCCUGCAGUAGUAGGAGCGGUUGAAAAUGAACAAAAUAGUUUCACAGACUUGCAUGUACCGAGAUCGUUUUUGUCUAAUGACGACGCUGAAAGUGACGAUGAUAAUUUAGAUUUGGAAGACUCUGGUAGCGACAAAGUCGUCAAUAAUGAAUUAAAUUCAUGCUUCUUAGACAUGGUCGAAACGUUAGCUAAGCAGGCCCCGAAGACCAUAUUACAAGUAAAAUUAUUAGUGAAAGAGUUGCAGAGAAUAAAUUUGUUAUGGGAUGAAUUGUGUCUGGGAACAUUGGCGCAACAUCAUACUGAAUUCAGCAAGCGUCUUACUCAGCUGGAGACCGAAAUCGCAAAAGUAAAAAACAACGCAAAUCUUACGCCAGAAGAAAAAGAAAAACUAAUAAAAGAGAAACAUCGGAUUAUAUUUGAACCGGUAGUCUUUGUCUUGGAACAACUAAAUCAAAUAACGUCGGCUGAACCAGAAACUCCUCACGAGACUACUUUCCAAAACAAAUUUCAAUCUAUUAUUGUGGAUGUUAUUGACAAAUUGAAACAUCCUGCGAAUCCUGAGAAGCCUCAAGAAUCGUGGGCACCACUAAAGCAGCUACAAUUGAAGUUGCAGCAAAAAGUAAACAAAAGAACAUCUUAUAUUUUAAAAAUGUCCGAUAUAAGUCCCAUAUUGGCUGAAUUAAAAAAUACUGUAAUAACAAUGCCCGGACUGCAUACAAAUCAAAGAACCGUAAGAAUUACUAUAAAAUCGAUAGAAAACAAUGUUGCUAUUCUACCGACUAAGACCAGGCCUAAAAAAUUAGUAUUUCAUGGUUCCGAUGGUAAAUCGUACACCUAUCUAUUCAAAGGCCUAGAAGACUUACAUUUAGAUGAAAGGAUAAUGCAACUAUUAUCAAUAACGAACACUAUGCUAGCUCGCGACUCUGAAAACAAUGACAAUCAAACAUACAGAGCUCGUCAUUACUCGGUUAUUCCUCUUGGACCGCGAUCAGGGCUGAUAAGCUGGGUAGACAAUGUGACACCUUUGUUUGCCUUAUACAAGCGUUGGCAAAAUCGCGAGGCAGCAAUACAGUCCGCAAAAACGAAUAAAACUGUGAAUGUUCUUCGAGCAUCAGAGCUUUUCUACAAUAAGCUCAAUCCCUUGUUGAAAGAAGCGGGUAUAUCAACAGAGAACAGAAAAGAGUGGCCAGUGUCAAUUUUGAAACAAGUUCUACAAGAGUUAUCAUCGGAGACACCUCGCGACCUGUUGUGGAGGGAAUUGUGGUGCAGCAGUGUGAGCCCAGAGCAGUGGUGGCAAAUGACUCGUCGAUAUAGUUACUCGGUUGCCGUAAUGAGUACGAUCGGGUAUAUUAUCGGUUUGGGUGACAGACAUUUAGAUAAUGUGUUAGUGGACUUAACGUCUGGUGAGGUGGUGCAUAUAGACUAUAACGUGUGCUUCGAGAAGGGCAAGACUCUGCGGGUACCGGAAAAGGUGCCAUUUAGGAUGACCCCCAAUUUGGUUACGGCUCUUGGUGUAACCGGAGUUGAGGGCAUAUUCCGGCUCGCAUGUGAACACGUUCUCCGCACGAUGCGUCGCGGUCGUGAAACACUGUUGACGCUCUUGGAGGCGUUCGUGUACGAUCCCCUCGUGGAAUGGGGCGGUGGACGCAGGAAACGUGGAGCAAGGCACGUGCGCGCCGCCAAGGCCAUGCUCGCCGUCCGAGUUCGCGAGCUCAAGCAUACGGCCAAGGAAGUCACCGAUCAACUUUUGGCGAUACUUCCUGAAGUUAAAGAGAGCGCAGAAAAAUGGUUAGAAGAAAACGAGGAACUGAAAGCCGUCGAGGCAAAGCUUCAAAUGUGUCACCAACAGAUGGCUCUCAUCAAAGAGAUCGAAGCUUUUGGAAAUGAUCUUAAUAACCAUCCGCUUUACGCGAUAUCACAAAAGUAUACCUCGUACAAACAAGCCAAGAACGCUGUAGAGGACUCAAUGAAAGCUCUCGUGAAAAUCCUAAAUGAUUUUGACACUCAAAUAGAUAGCUUUGCAAAAACUAAUGAGGUUUUAAACGGACCUCAAUUGAUGACUUGGGUCCAAGAAUUCUCAGGAACCAAUGAAGAAGAAGAAAAAGAACAACCAAUUUUUGAACACAUAAAAGAGUUUUUAACGAAUGCUGGUCAAAGUUCAAUGAUUUCUCAAUGCGAGCAAGCGGAACAAGAAUUAAACCAAAGCAUUCAACAGACCAAUCAACUCGUCAGGUCUUGUUUAGAACUUUUAACACAAUACGUGGCUGUUUCGCAGUAUUAUCCCCAGAGUCAGACUGAGUACCAUCGUAUAAUGAUGUUCCGCAAAUAUCUCGCUGCCGCGUUAGAAAGUAAAUCGCCAGAAGUUUGCAGAGAAGUUUCGAAUCAAGUAGUGGCUUUAGUCAACGCUGAAACUGCUACUGGCGACACGCAACAAAUAAUUGCAUACAACUAUCGAUUGCAACAAAUAAAUACUGAAGCAACUGCGGUUCUGAACAAAUGUGUUGAAAGACUUAAAGCGGAAGGAGGACCCGACGCUGUGGUUUUAGCGCAAGAAGCCUACAAGGAAGCUAAAACUAAUAUUAGUAAUUGGGUGCGAGCAGAAGAAGGUGCUACAGCAUCUCUGGAAAUAAGUGUGGUUGGUCUGCUCUGUAACCUAAACAGGCGAUAUUUAAUGUUGGAGAACGGAGCUCAAAGCGCAGGAGACUGUCUCGUAGACUUAACAUCACGAGAAGGAGAAUGGUUCCUCGAUGACAUGAGCUCUCUCUCUAUGCAAGCGGUCGAGCUACUUUCAUUGCUGCCUCUGCAGUCGGCUUCAGUUGACGACGCCGCUUUACCAGUCGCUGUAGAAUGCGUGAGGAACGCUAAUCUACUAUUAGCCGAUUUGGUACAACUGAAUUAUAAUUUCAGUACAAUUAUUUUACCUGAAGCUCUGAAGAAAGUGCACUCCGAGGAACCUUCCGCUCUGCUGAUGAUUAACGAACUAAACAAAGUGAUCAUGGCCACGCCAGUACCUCUUAAUGAACUACUGACGCAGCUGGAGAUGCAUUUCAGAUACAUAGUCAUGGAUAUGGAGUCCCCCGCAGCCGGUGCACAAAUCCUGGCGGCGGAGUUGCGGUCUCGCUACGAGAAGUUGCUGUCGUCGUCAGCAGAGAGCGAGAACCAGUCGGCCGGCCGCAUGCUGCUCAUGGGCUUCAACGGUCUGUUCGCGGCCGUGGAGCUGCGCGCGCGCGAGCUGGCCGACCACUUCGCCGCGCCCGUGCCGCCCGCCUGGAGGAAGAUCGACCACAUCAAUGACGCUAUGCAUAUGUCGGCGGCGAUGCAGAGUCCCACGCUUCGUUCCAUCCUGGAGGACAUCUUCAUCGUGCGGCGCAUACAGACCGUGGCCGAGGUGUUCGGGCUGUGCGCGCAGCUCGCGAGCGCCUUCCGCGGAGCCGUGCCCGCCGUGCCGGCCCCGGCCGCGCUGCCCGCCGCGCCCGCCGCGCCCGCCGCGCUCGGCCUGCAGGACGAGAACGCGCUCUGCAAGCCCGUUAGAAGAUUCACGGCCGAGUACGUCUCCCGCUGCUUCCUCGGCGUGCACUCGAAGGCCCUGGCCUCGGUGCUCUGUCUGCUGCUCCGGCGGGCCAGGCUGGACCUGCACGCCGAGGUCGAGCAGAAGGAGAUAGGCGCGUCGUGGAGCGUGACGCUGGAGUCGCUGUGCGAGAAGGCGCGGGCGCGCGCGGGCGGGCGCGCACGCGAGCGCGCGGCGGCGCUGGCCGGCGCGCUGCAGGCCGCGCGCGCCCGCCUGCUGCGCGCCGCGCACGCCGCGCGCACCGCCGAGCGCGCGCGCGCCUCCGCCCGCGCCGCGCGCCUGCGGGCCGCCGCGCACGCGCACCUGCACGCUGAGGUGCAGGUGCUGAGCAGCACCCAGGACCCGAGCGGGCCGCUGUCGCGCCGCGCGCGCGAGCUGUCGGCCGCGCUCGAGCGCCUGUCGGCCGCGCUGGAGCGCACGCAGGCGCUCGUCACCGCCGCGCACCAACGGCUGAAGUGGGGCGCGGGCGCCAACCCCGCGCUGCGCGGCGUGGUGCGCGCGCUGGAGGCGGGCUGGGCGGCGCGCAGUGCGCGCGCGCAGCGGCUGGCGUCGGCGGGCGCCGCGCUGGCGCCGCACGCGCGCGCCGCGCUCGCCCUCAGCGCCGCGCCCGCCGCGCGCGCCGCCCGCGCCGCCCGCGCGCAGCGCAACUCGCGCACGGCGCGCACGGCGCUCGCGCACUGGGAGAAGGCCUGCACGCUCGCCCAGAAGUACUCGCUGGAGGUGUCGCCGGUGGAGGAGUCGCUCAUGGAGAUGUUGCAUCCCGAGGGGAACAUCGACCCGCAAUGGGUGGGCGCGGUGUCGGCGCUGGUGCACGAGGCCACGGGCGCGCUGGGCGGCGCGCGCGCGGCGGCGGCGGCCAGCGUGGGGCGCGCGGGCGGCCGGGUGCGCGCCGCCGCCGCCGCGCUGCGCGGGGCCGACGCGGCGCGCGACGCGCUGCACCUGGAGCUGGCGGGCCCGCUGAGGGCGCUGCUGCGGCUGCAGGACGGCGAGAGUCCGGCGCAGGACUUCUCGACGGCGUGGCGCAGCGCGUCGGAUUCGCUGAGCGUGGCGGCGGCGGAGCCCGAUGGCGAGACUCGCGUGCGGGCCGCGCUCGCGCAUGCGGAGCUGCUGCGCGAGGCUCUGCCGGCACUGCUGCAGAUGCUGCUCGAAUUACCGGGCGGCUCGGAGAGCGCUCGCAGACUGACACGCCAGCCCGCACUAGGAGCGCGCGCACCCGUGAGGCAUGCGGGCGAGCAGCGCAGCGCGACGGGCGCCGGCGUGUGGAAGCGCGUGCGCCUGAAGCUGGAGGCGCGCGACGUGCCCGCGCGCCGCGCGCCGCAGCACGACCAGGUGGCCUACAUAAUAUCGGAAGCGACUAGCGCAGAGAACCUGUGCCUGAUGUACGAGGGCUGGAUGGCGUGGGUGUGAAGGCGCCGUCGGCCGCGCCGGCCCCCUCCCCCGCACCGCAGCCCGGCGCCGGACGCCCGCGCCGUGCGGCCCGCGCUCCCGCCGGGCGACCGGACCGGACCGGACGGCAGACAGCCGUCAUCCGGACUCCGUCGGAGAUAGAUUGCCGAGUUUCAAAUCCGACUUCGAUACGAUUUCGGAACCGAGAGUCGAUUUUAUUCUUAUUUCAUGACGAGGCUCGAUUUUUCACCCUUAAAUUUACCAGUACGUUAAGCGUCGGUGUUUCGGUUUAUUUCCCGGAUAAUAUAUAUGUAUUUUUUAUGUCAUUUUAUGCAAUAUGUUGGAAAUCGAGCUCCUUAAAUUCUGAACGCGAUCCGGUUAUGAGAUCGCGGCAGACCGAAAUGUUUAGAUUAGACUUUAUUAUUUUCUUACUAGUAUGGCUUACGACCCGUAGGAUCGAACAUCUCCUUACGAAUACUUAGACCACAGACAAAUAAUGUGCUCAAAAAAGGAAAAGGUAAAUAAGGAUGCUUUUGACCGGUUUAAACGAAAACGACAACAUUUCGUUAUAAAGCAUAAAACCAUAAUUGACUUCAUUAAAAAAUAAAUCGUCGUUUAAUAUUCAUUCAUCCACAGUUUAACGGGAUUCUUCAUUCGACAUGUUAACAUAAAUAUUUACUCUUAACAUUUAUGAAUAUAUAUUUAAAUGUAUUUUAAUAUUACCGUUAUCUAGUUUGAGCUUGUUUCUCGGGAAUGUUCAUUGAUAUAUCAUUAAUAAUUAUCACUGCGAAAACUCUUCAUAGAAAAUAUAUCGCAAUCGUUAUUUACAAGAAAAAAUUGGAUGUGGUCAUUAAAUGUUAAAAAUUAUUCAUGAAAAUCAUAAAAUUACUACAAAAUAUUAUAUCGAAUAACAUUACACGUCUGAAUAUUACAUUUUGUUCAUUUCACUCGUAUUAAGUAAAUCUCCAUAGAAAUAGUAUUAGAAGUCAUAAUUAGAGUCGUUCAUAGAAUCUUCACAAUUUUAAAUAUCACUAAGUGACGUUUAGCUACUGUCUUCAUCACCAACCGGAUCUCCUCGUGACGAUCGAAGAAGAUAAAUUUGUCACACAGCUUCUGUAGUAAAUUAAGUAUACCAAUAGUAAUAAUUGCUUAGUCUAAAAAUAUUAAAUGUUCAAUGUUAGAAAAACAAGCUUCUCCAAGUAUGGAAAUCUUCAAUCUUGUGAUUCAAUGUGUGAAAAAAAAAAUAAAAGGCACCGUUUGUCAUAAUAUCUGUCGUCAUAUCAAUGAAGUUCAGAAACGAGCUCGUUUAUUAUAUCAUAAAUAUAUAUGCAUUUGCCGGGAGUGUUUGCGGUGUGAAUGUUACUCGUCCACAUAUAACAUGUAACCAGUACCUAUCGUAGUAGAAUAUUGUGUGAUCGUGGCGGUGAAUUUAUUUGUUUCAACAAAAACUUAAUUUCAAUAUUUCGAAUCUUCUAAAAAAUUGUUCGAAUAAGUAACAAGUUCCUUAAAACACCUUUUUUUGUAAUAGAAUGUAAUAUCGUUAUGUUAUACAAACUGUUAAAUUAUUACUUACAUGUUUUCUUUCGAAUUAAUUAUUUCUUUCAGGUUUAGAUUCACAUUUACUAGAAAACCACAUAUUUUAAAAAAGGUUCACUUUGUUUAGUUAUUCAGAAAUGAUGCGAAUACUUCGUAACGUUUCAUUUAGUAUAAUAUAAAAUUAUCAAAGAUUUGUCCAAAAAAAAUAUGUUUGUAUGUUAAAUUCGAAAUUUGUUUUUUUUAUUAUCAUCGAAUAAUAUAUUCACCGAUUGUAUGUUUGUGUCGCUUCAUAAUUAUAAUAUUAAUAAAUGGUGUAUGUCA